AUCCGCCGGAUUCAGCAGCCUCUGGAACCAGCGGAGAGACGUGGCAGAGSAUCUGCCACAAUGUGACAGCAGAGAUUUGCAAACCCUGAGCUGAGGAGAAGCUGCGAGUCCUGAGAGUUUAUGUGGAGYACAACCGGCGACAGUCAAGUCUCCCUUCUGCUCAUCGCUCCAUGAUCCCCAUCCCAGUGUUGCAGGGAUGUGCACUGCCUUAUUUCCACAGCCGCUCACCAAACGCCUCACUAAACGCCUCACUAAAGACUUUUGCUCUCACAGAGAACUCACUUGAAAAUAAAUUACGUGGGAAGGGCUCUUUGGCUGAGCGAGGCCGUGUUAUCUGCUGAGUUUGUACYUUUUUUUCUCUCAUCGUCCCCAUUUUCCCCUCACGCCCAGGCGAGAGGGGGACCGCCGGAAACAUGGCGGGAAAGCGGCGCGUCAGUGAAUCGGAGACUACAUUUCCCAGUGUGCAGCGUGGGGGGCGCUAACGCGGUGCGCUCAUUAGGAACACUGGGAAAUGUAGUCCUCCCCCGCUGGCGCGGAUGCCCCCCACGCCGAUUGCUUCGCCUUCCUAUUGGUCCAGAGCUGCCGCCGUGGGCGGGGUCUCUCUGCUGCGCCGCCGUUCCUACUGGCCGGGGCGCGCGCGGUGGGAGGGGAGGUUUGAAAAAAAACAACCCGGCCCCCGCGGGAGGCCGCGCGCUGAUUGGCUGAGCCGCGGUUUGGCGCCAGCUUCGGAGCUGGCGACGGGUACCGGCUGGGGUCAAAGCGCUGCGGCGGCCGCGCUGACGGCAGUGAAGGGACGGGACAGGACGGGUGCGCUUCCAAGUCCCAUUCCCUCUCUGAUGGAUCCCACCCCGAGGGCUUCACACUGCCGCCGCCUCUUGCUCCUCUCGCCGGCGUCCCCCGCCUCGCCCGCCGUGGCUAAAGCACUGUUUCAAGAUGAGCUAUCGCCUGUCUCCGAUCUUCGCCUCACCAUGGAGCAGCUGGGGCACGGGAAGCAUGAAAACCUGGAGCAAGAUCUGGGAACCAAGACUGGGUUACACAGAUCGGCAUCUUCAGAAUCUACAGACUCAGGUUUGGCUUUGGACUCUCCUGGCCCUGCAACCUCACACGACACCAUGGAGGACACGUUUGAGAAAGCAAUCAAAGCCAGCAAGCUGAACCUUCGAAUACCUUUCAGAAGAAUCCAUUCCCUGCCGCAAAGCCUGUUGGGCUCCAGCCCUGCUCUGAAGAGAAACCCCUCUGACUCUCUGGACAGUGAUGCUUUUCAGCCUUUGGAACAGGAUGAAAAUAAGGAGAAUGAAUCAUUUGAGUUUAAGAAGCCAACCAAACCAGCAUCUCGUUGCUUCCGUGAUGGAAGGGGUGUUUCUGGAGCAAGGCUGAAUUCAGCUCCAGCUCAGCUGCCCAUGGGUGAAACAGCCUCGGGGGAGCAGGAAAACUACAGGGCAGCCUUCCUGCAGCAGCAUUCCCUGCCCUCCUCGGAGAGCGAGGAUGAUGAUGGCUUCCUGGAGCUGCUGGAUGACCAGGAUGUGAAGAAUGACGAGGAGAUGCCUUCRGAUGUGUCCAGCCUGUGGACGGCACCGCUGGUCAUGAGGAGAGCGGACAAUCGGGCCAAGCGAUGCCGGUUGUUUGGCUCUUCGUCCAUGUCAAGCGUUGCAGGAAGAACCACCCAGAAAAGGAUGGAGAGAUGCCAGGAAGAGAAUUCUCCAGGGAAAAGCAAGAAGAGGAAAAGCCUGCCUGAAACUUCCGAGGACUCAACGAGCAUGAAAGUAGUGAGGACCCAGCCCUCCACAGCAGAGAUUGAGAGCAUUUUGGACAGUGACCAGAGAGACCUUAUUGGGGACUUCUCCAAGAGUUAUUUAUUUGACACUGUCGAUGGGAAACAUCAAGAUUUAAAAUACAUCGACUCAGAAAUGAUUGUGUCUGUGCUGACUGGGAAGUUUGAGAGCUUCAUCAAGGAGUGUGUGAUAAUUGACUGUAGAUACCCCUAUGAGUAUGAAGGAGGACACAUCAAGGGUGCCAUAAACCUCCACAUGGAAGAGGAGGUGGAAAACUUCCUGCUGAAGAAGCCGAUCCAGCCRUCGGAGAACAAGCGGGUCAUCGUGGUGUUCCACUGUGAAUUCUCCUCAGAGCGGGGCCCUCGCAUGUGCCGRUUUGUGAGGGAGCAGGACAGGCUGAGCAAUGAGUACCCAAACCUGCACUACCCAGAGCUCUACGUGCUCAAGGGGGGCUACAAGGAUUUCUUYUCCAGGUGCCAGAGCUUCUGCGAGCCCCAGAGCUACCGCCCCAUGCACCACAAGGACUUCAAGGAGGACCUGAAGAGAUUCCGCACCAAGAGCCGGACCUGGGCUGGGGAGAAGAGCAAGAGGGAGAUGUACAGUCGGCUCAAGAAGCUCUGAGGGCUGCAGGGACCCUCAAGGACUGUCCAGCCUGGGGACCUCAGUGGGAGAGCCACGUGUUCCUGCGCUCCCACUCCCCUGGGCUGUUYCCUCCGUGGGAGCACCUGGACCUUGGCCCCAUGAGCCAGACGCCGGCUGGGAGCUGCCUUGGAAUUCUUUUGGUUACGUUGCUUCGUGAAAAUGUUGUGGCUUCUUGUGCUGUGUGACACCUCCAAAGCGCCCGGGGAGGGUGGGGACAGCCUCGUGGGGCUGGGCUCGGUGGGGUCAGCACUGCCAGGGAAUGUUAGUGCCUGUUAUUUUUUAACUGCUUAAUUUUAUUUAAAUACAGUUAAGUGAAGCCAAUACCGCUGCGGYUGGAUCAUCUGGAUUGUACUUAAACCUUGAUUGUGCUCCAGGGUGACUUGCUUGGUGGGAUUUGGGUCAUUAUCUUUCUCAGUUGCAGUUUUGGUUUUGUGUAGCAUUGUGGGGAAGGAAGAUGGGAAAUAUUCCCAACUCCCAAAUAUUUUAGCUGGAGAUUCCCAUCAGGCUGAGUGCUGCGGGAAGCCCUGGGAGCCCAUCUAAGGGGAAACUGCUUAUUGUUCAUAAAUAUCAUGUUCACCUCCUUUAGUUAUUCCAGGCUGUUUUAUUUCAUGCUCUCUUUGUUGAUUCUGGAGGAGUUGGUGUUUCGAAGGAGGGAGAGUUUUUGGGAGCUGAGGGAGUCCAGCAGUUGGGUAAUCCUGGGAUUCUUAGUGGUGUUGCUGCUGCUGCCUCCAAGGCAGCUGCUCUGGGGAUGGCUGUGGCCACUUCUCCAUCUGCUGGGAAAGGCAAGAAGUGGAAUUAAUCCGUGGGGGAAGCAGAACUUCCUCAGCAGCGCUGAAACCCCCAGCUGAGGAAGUUCAGUGCCAGGCCCCCAAACUGCUUUGCUGCUGGUGUUGGCAUCACUUCAGCCCCAACUCUUAAAUCCAUCUUCCUCACACACUAAGUUCCUGGUGAAACUGGUGCUCCUGGGAAGUUCCAGCUCACUUUGCAUGCGUUCUUGUAUCCACGUCAAAAACCACUGAAAUGGAGGUGCCUUAUGUGGAAUUUGAUUUUUAAAAAAAUCUCUUAAAAUCUGUUGUUAAUCCUUUU